AUGUAUAAAUCACGACAGAAACAGUCAAACAAACAACACAUCUUGUCCGAAUCCAUCACUGCAUCUCGUAGGGUUGCCAGAGUGAGACCGCCCCUUCUGGCAGCCUGGACUGUUCGUUCUCUUUUAGACAAUGCGAGAAGCAACCGUCAGGAACGAAGGGCGACGCUAGUCGCUCGAGAACUGGCGCGCGUCACAAGAUGUACACCACUGCUCUCAGCGAGGUUCGCUUCACCGAACCAGGCUAAAUGGAAGAGGUGGAGCGUCCGCCCCAGGACAGAGCGAGGAGAUGCAGGCGUCGCCUUUGCAAUCCGGAAUGGCAUAAUGGAACGACUGCCCUGUCUUCUGAUGGGCCUCGCCUGCCUCUUCGGGGAUCAGUAUCGCCACCAUCAUCAGCGUCUACGCCUCCUCCCCAUGUUCUACGAGGAUCUGCACGCACUCCUGGUGUUUGAGUCAAAGUUGGAAUAG